CGGUGAUUCAGAGGAAUCAAUGCAGCUGAGGCGUUAGGGGCCAAUAAACUCAAAGUGGGGGGUCUGCUGGAAUCAAGCCGCUGUUUUCAGAUGAUAAUGAGACUGUCCAAAGCUUUGAUAGACAUGGAUAUGGCGGAUUAUACAGAAGCAUUGGAUCCUGCUUACACCACCCUGGAAUUUGAAAAUAUGCAAGUUUUGUCUAUUGGAACUGACACCUCCACUUCAGAUGUGACAAGUCUCAGUGCCUCAAACAGUAUCGGCAUUAACUCUUUGUGCGCCAUUUGUGGGGACAGAGCGACUGGCAAACACUAUGGGGCUUCCAGCUGCGACGGCUGCAAGGGCUUCUUCAGGAGGAGUGUUAGGAAAAACCACAUGUACUCAUGCAGGUUCAGCAGACAAUGUGUUGUGGAUAAGGACAAAAGAAACCAGUGUCGGUACUGCCGGCUGAAGAAGUGUUUCAGGGCUGGAAUGAAGAAAGAAGCUGUACAGAAUGAGCGGGACAGGAUAAGUACGAGGAGGUCGAGUUAUGAAGACAGCAGUUUACCGUCCAUUAAUGUCUUAAUUCAAGCAGAAGUUCUUUCCCAACAGAUAACCUCCUCAGUUGGGGUGUUGAACACAGACAUAAGAGGCAAGAAGAUCGCCUGCAUCAUAGACGUGUGUGAUUCCAUGAAACAGCAGCUGCUGGUCUUGGUGGAGUGGGCAAAGUAUAUCCCGGCUUUCUGUGAACUUCCACUGGAUGACCAGGUGGCUCUGUUACGGGCACACGCAGGGGAACACUUGCUUCUUGGGGCUACAAAGAGGUCAAUGAUGUUUAAAGACAUAUUGCUUCUCGGAAAUGACCGACUCAUUCCACGGAAUUGUCCAGAACUCGAAGUGGGCCGCGUGGCAGUGAGAAUACUGGAUGAACUGGUUCUUCCCUUCCAAGAGCUUCAGAUCGAUGACAAUGAAUACGCGUGCCUGAAAGCUAUCAUAUUUUUUGACCCUGAUGCCAAAGGUUUAAGCGAUCCAACCAAGAUCAAGAGAAUGAGGUACCAGGUGCAGGUCAGCCUGGAGGAUUACAUCAAUGAUCGUCAGUAUGACUCAAGAGGAAGGUUUGGGGAUCUCCUUCUCUUGCUCCCUACGCUGCAGAGCAUCACAUGGCAGAUGAUCGAGCAAAUCCAGUUUGUUAAGCUCUUUGGUAUGGCCAAGAUUGACAACCUGCUGCAAGAGAUGCUCCUUGGGGGUUCUGCAAAUGAAGCUUCACACACCCAUCACCAUUUGCACCCGCAUCUGGUUCAAGAUCAUCUAGCAACAAACGUUAUUGUAGCCAACAACACUCUGCCAUCCCAACUUCACAAUGGACAGAUGUCUACACCAGAGACUCCCCAACCAUCUCCACCUGCUGGCUCAGGGGCAGAGCAGUAUAAAAUUGUACACGGAACCAUUGCAUCUAUCAACAAACAACCAACCUCCAUUCCACAAUCGACCAUCACCAAACAGGAAGCUAUGUAGGAACUGGUCAUUGUCCAGAUGGAAAGACUUAGUGGCUGUGGCUAAUUCAUCAGCAGCAAAGGAAAACCAAAAACCUUGUUAAAAUGCCACAUCCCACAACAAACUUCUAAAAAGUUGCCUCUUUGGGAAAGCGUGGGAAUUACUGAAGAAGAUUUAAUGAGAUGAGGAAUGCAAGUUCCGGUCCCAGCUGCCAGGAUUUUUUUUACAGUUUAUUUGUGAUAUAGAUUUAUUUUGUAUAGUCAAGUUUUUUUGUUGUUUUUUUGUAUAGUCAGGUUUUUUUGUACAUUCAGCUGUAACUGGAUAUGUAUAAUACAUUUAAAGUAGGGAAAUAUAUGACAUAUACCAACAGGUAGAUUGUAUGAGCUGCCAUUAGACCUAUAACCAGGUCAAUACAUCUCCUGUAGAAGGAAGGACAUCUAAGUGCAGGGUGUUAAAAGUAAGGCUAAAGGAGUUGCUAUUGUAUUUAUGUCUUCUGUCGUUUAAAUUUUCUUUUUCAAAAACUUUCAUAAAUUUAAUUUGGAGUGGUUAAAAAAAAUAGGUAUAAUUAUCUUACUGAUUGGAGUCCUGCUAUAGAAUCUGAUGUACAGCGCAGUUGGCAUUUCUAAAUGUUUGCUAAGAAAGCAUCAUGACCGGAGGUUAGAUUUCAGGCUAUUAUUCCAACCCACAAAUUUGCUUUUUAUGUUAUAACCUUGAUCAUUAUAACUGAAAUGGGAAAAAUGUCAUCGAUAUAUUGUAGCUCUACUAGAGUCAAAAUAUGUCAUCAAUAAAUCAUGGCUAUACUAGAGUAAAAAAACGACACCAAUAUGUCGUAGCUACCCUAGUGCCAAAAAAUGUCCGAUAUAUCAUAGCUCUGCUAGAGUCAAAAUAUGUCAUCAAUAUAUUGUGGCUGUACUAUAGUCAGAAAAUGUUAUCAAUAUGUUGUAGCUCAACUAGAGUCCAAAAAUGUCAUCAAUAUAUCGUAGCUAUGCUGGAGUCCAAAGUUAUUAUCAAUAUAUUGUAGCUAUACUGUACUAUAGUAUGUCGCGGGGGUUGCUGAUGGGCACUAGGACCCCAUGCAGGAAAUACGGCCCUAACUGGAGUCCAAAAAUGUCAUCAAUAUAUCGUAGCUAUACCAGGAACAAAAAGAGCUCUGCCCUAAUAUUUGAUUGUUCCCAUUAAAAAGUAUAAAUAUUUCUGAAAAUGCUUUACUGUCUUAGAAGAAAUGAGACCAUUCAUUUCCCUAAACAAUUUAUUCAUGUAUGUAAUAUUCGAGCACUGUUCUCUGUUACACAGGAGGUUAAAUGUUUGCUAAGAAACCCAGAAACAUGGGAGGAUAAAUGCAGAAGCAAUAUAAUGUACUACAAUCCCAGAAUACGUGGCAGGAUAAAUACAGGGCCAAUUGUAUAAAUAAUAGUGCCAUAUAUACCACCUCCAUUCUCUUUGUGUAGCAGAUUUAUUGAUGCAGGUUUGGGGGGACUUAGCUUUUCUAAGUUUUUAUUAAAAAACGGGCUAUAAUUUUUUGCCAGGUUUUGGCGUAAAAAAAUAAAUUUCUCGCCCAUUGACUUCAAUGCAAUUGGCAAAUUUUUCACUGUUCCGCGAAUUUCCGUGAAGCGGGUCAGAUUCGUCCAACACUAGCCAGCACUUUUAGCAGGAUUUAGCCAAAUCCUUCAUUUUUGGCAGAACCAAAUACUAACUUUAAAAGUCACGUGACUUACGAGCACUGAAGAGCUGAACACAGCAUAUUUUUUCAUAUGGAGGAUUCUGGCCAGAUUUGGUGCAAUCCUACUAAGUAUACUUAACAAAAUAUAUUUUGGUGAGAUCAUUUUGUGAAUAUUUGUGAAUGUUACAAAAUAUUCUUCCAUCGUACACUUCCCUCACGGAAUUUCGAAUGUGGUUUCAUAACUGCCCAUUAAAUUCUUGAUUGUUCACUGCCAUUAAACCUUACAUCCCCUCAUCAGGUUGAAGAGUCCUGAUUGGUGAACCUGAAAGGGGCGGGUCUUACGGGAAUAUGGGUGUGGUUUAGUCGGAUCAGGGUGUGGGCGGUCAUACAUGUGAGACCGUCCCAUGUGGCCCAAAUGGGAAAUGUCAGGGAUAACUAAACAGAUGCACAGAAUGUACCACUGCCGGAACCUUAGUGCUGUUUACUGUUCUGUAAAUAGAAAUGUGAUAUUUUCAGUAAUUUAUUCUCCGAUGAGUGCACUGCUUAAAUUAUUUUGUAAAUUGUGAUGAUUCCUGCAAAUUGACAGCUUUUUUUUAUUGUUUAAAGUGUUUUGCGUUGCAAUAUCAUGCCUUGCCUUUCUUGGAAAUAUACCUCCUCUAUUAGUAGGGUUUGUGGUUUCUAUCCCCCCACACACACACAUAGUACACAAGUAUUGUUUAUUUUAAGCCUACUUUUCCUCUCUACAUUUUUAUAUAUAAAGGUGGGAGCCACCAUAUUGCUUGCCUCGUUAGAGGCAUGACUUCCUAAGUGCCCUAGCUGAUUUUAAUAUAGCAACAGUUAUGCAAAUGAGACUAAUAAGCCCUGCCCUCAUCAUGUACUGUCUGCAUUAGGUAAUAUUAUUAUUACCCAUGCUUUCAAAUAUUUGUCUUUAUAGGAAAAAAAUGGUAUAUUACACAAGUAGCUGUUUGGCUAAUUUUUAAAUGGAAGAAAAUAUUCCUGCCUAUAGUUUAUUAUGAAAAUAAACUCAUUAUUUUAUAACUUUAA